GUUGUCUUUAUAUAGUCUCAACAAGAAUGAUUUUUAUCACAUCAUCUCAACUUCUCAUUUCAUGUAUGAUCAGUUCAUAUUUCCAUGGUGUAGUAUGUUACAACUCAGUGAUUGUAAAUGACUUAAACCUAGUCAGAUCGUCAAUUAAUUAUUAAUUACCAUCAACUAAACAGUUCAAUGUUAGUCAAUGAAACUGUGGACUAAUGCCUAAUUACUUGCCGAAAACAUGUGCAAUAAAUGGAAAGGAAAUUCAUCAAUGUAUUUCAUGGAUAAUGUAUAAGUGGUUCCAAAACUAAGUGUUCAAUAUCUUAUGGACUGUCAGAUUAUAUUUACAAAGAAACCUUGGCAGGUAAUUGUUCUGUACUUAAUAUUCUGUUGUAAUGAAUAUUUAACGAUGAACAAUGACUAAAAUACGUUGUUUAUUAUGAAUCGAGGUGCGUUAAUAUUUUAUGGGAAACUAAUUCCAAAGGAAAGCUUGGAAUCCAAAGUACUCCCAUGAUAUGUUGUAUCUUGUGUGUAACGAUGAUGAAAUCGAUCUUACUAGUUUCAGUUCAUUUCUCCAUCGGAUAGCAUUGGAAACUUUUUUUUAUUUUGCUUAAUACACGUACCUGUACUAUUUCACGAUAAAUUAAGAUAGAUAAUGGAAGCUUGUUUUUUCCAAAUCUCGGUAAAGAUUUCGAAUAGAUAAUGUUAUUAGAAAAUUGCCGCUGAUAAAAUUAUGUAGAUUAGGACUUUGUUGUGAUUUAGGAUAAUGGAUUAAGGAGUGAAAAUAUAUCCAUCAUCAGGCAAGGUUUAUUAAUUAAAAAUAUGGCGGUUGUUUCGUUAAUGAACCAAUCAAGGUAUAGGCGUCCAGUAAGUCGACCUGACCGGAUGAAUGAUAUUGAAGGAGACCUUUGGUUGUUCCAGUCUCAAGAUUCGGCAAAAGGAGCACCACAUGCGUCAUUAGAUGAGGACGAUAACGAAUCAGAAAUAUUAGUGUAUUUACAAACAUGUUGUGGCGACAGAACCGAUCAACCGCAUCUUUGCAAACUACAGACUUGUGAGAGAAUUACGAUAAACGUUAGCGGUAUGUAUUAUGAAAUUUGGGCUUCCGUUCUGAAUAGACACCCGACUACUUUAUUGGGUAGUCCAAGAAAACGAUUAAAAUUCUUUGACAAGAGACGAAAUGAGUACUUCUUUGACAGACAUAGACCAACUUUCGAAUCAAUUUUCAACUAUUAUCAAUAUGGUGGGAAAAUAAUGAGGCCAGAUCCUGUUCCAGAUGAUAUAUUCUUACGUGAACUCGAUUUUUAUGAAAUUGAAAGAGAAGCAAUUGAUGAGUACAAAACGGAAGAAGGUUAUACCACUGAGAAGACUAUACUUCCUACUCGCAUGUGGCAAAGAAAACUAUGGAUGUUGAUGGAAUAUCCGGAAACAAGUAUUUCUGCUUAUGUGAUAGCUCUUGUCUCUGUUUUUAUUACAAUGUUUGCCAUUGUUUUAUUUUGCAUUGAAACACUACCAAGUCUUUCGGAAAAUGAGUGCAAAGACGGAAAACCCAAUUAUGUUGAACCGUUUUUCAUUUUGGAAACUAUUUGUAACAUCUGGUUCACUUGGGAAGUCUUCCUCAGACUUAUUUCUUGCCCCAAUAGGAUUACGUAUUUCAAAGACUUUAAAAACAUUGUAGAUAUUGCUGCGAUUGUACCGUAUUAUGUUCAGUUAGGAAAUAUGAUAUCAACCGAAAAUUGCGUUAAUGGUGAAACUUCUGGAGCAUCGCUUGCCUUUUUGAGAGUGUUCCGAUUAAUACGGAUAUUUAAAUUAACUAAACAUUCUGCUGGCUUGCAAGUUUUAAUUUUAACAUUCAAAGCCAGCAUCAAAGGUCUUUUGUUGUUUCUUAUAGCAAUGUUUGUGUGUAUACUGUUGUUUUCAAGUGCAAUAUUCUAUGCAGAACAUGGAUUAAAGGAUUCUCAAAUACACAGCAUUCCAGAUGGUUUUUGGUGGGCAGUAAUAACAAUGUGUACCGUUGGAUAUGGUGACAAAGUGCCCGUGGGGCCUCUUGGAAAGGUAAUCGGCAGUAUUUGUGCGAUCACCGGUGUCUUGACGUUGGCCAUACCAGUUCCAAUUAUCACUGAAAAUUUUAACAAAUUCUAUGCACAUAAAACUGGCAGGGGUCGUAUAUAGUGAAUGUUUUAUCAUAAGGUAGUUACUUAAAAUUUCACUUACAUUCUCGUUUUAAAAUUUUAAAGUUUGGUUUGAAAGACUUGGAUAGUUGAUUAGUUGUACAAACACAUUACUUUAUAUACUGCAGCACUAGUAACUUUUAUAUAUAUAUCCUGGGCUUUACCUCCAGUUGCAAUCUAAUCUUAUAGUUGAAAUCCUAAACAUUUCCUAGUGAUGAACUUUAUACUUUACACUUAAAGUUUUGAUUAAGAUUUAUGCACGUCAGCCAUGGUCCACUAUUCAAAAUUUCAAAUGAAGGUUGCAUUCUGAUUUCGUCCUAUUGUCUUAGUGUGUUUAUUUUUCAAUCAGAAUUGUGUAUUAUCUUUUCACUAUUUUUAAUGGUUAUUGUAUACCUUUAAACUAAAAUGCAUUUCAACAUACAUACUAUAUAUACACACGUUAGUAAUAUAUUUCCAUACAUUAUCAUUUAAUUAAUACAUGAUAUUUUCUUAUUUUCACUAGAUUAAUAUGGUAUUUUCAAAUCUUUCAAAUUUUUAUUAUCCAAGAUUUAUUGUACCUGUGAGUUCAUUAAGAUAAAUCCAUAUUCCAUUGUUUUAGGGCGUUACAAAUGAUGUUACUAAUAAGUCAUUGAAAUCAAAACUGUGGUUUAUGUAGAGUUUAGUCUUCAGAUCUAUUUCACUUUUUAGCUUUCAUCUUUCAUUUAUAUUCAUGCACUUUUGACACAAUAUUGCAUUUAGAUAAUUUACGCGUUUUAUAUAAAUGAAAAUGUACAUUCAACGAAAGAAUCCAUAAUUUCUUCUCACUAGAUAUAGAGGGUUUUAACAAUUAAUGGUAGUUUUUCAAUUGUAUCAAUUAAACGACCAACGUUUCCUUAAAAUAUUCGAAACAAAAUGACACAUGUGUAGUGUAGGUGAUUUACGGCUCCAACCUUUUUUUGUUUUGCCUUUACCAUUAGUAUAAAACCUUAGUUUCCAGAAUCUUCACUUACAUGUUUAACGUUUUCAAAACUUGGAAGAGUUUAGAGAAGGCCACCAUGCACCAUUUUAUUUUGUUGUUGUUGCUAAAUCCCACUUUAACUUUCACAAGAAUGCUUUCUUGACAUGGACAUAAUUAUUUUACCAUAUUUCUUAACUGGUAGCAUUUAUGUGAUUUUAAAUUAAUAAGGUUGUGUAUAAAUUUUCGUUUUUAAGCAGAAAAUUUUAUACGUUUAUACCUUCAUUAAAAAGUUGUUCCAAUUGCAGGAGGCUUUAAUGAGAGAUACGCAAUGCAACAAUUAAUGAACUACCAUUCAUAUUGUCCGUAACUGAAAGGUGUUUUUCGAGCUCGAAGGAACAUUUUUCAAUUAAUAACGUAUCUUCUAAACGUUGGAAAGUAUAUAACAAUACAAACUGAUCUGAAAAAUAAUGAACUUUCAAUGUGGUAUAUUGUCGAAGAUAGUUAUAACUUAGAAGUUUUGAAAAGCAAUCUUAAAACUCAAAUAAUUUUAAAACAAGAACAGAUUAAUGCUUAAUAAACCAUUGUCCUUAUUUCUACAUUGGCGAGACUCAUUAGCGAUACUGACAUGUUAAAUCCUGUAGUCCCUUUCUAUAUUCCCGCACAGUGGUGCGACGGAGCAGACAUGUUGUUAGCUUUUCCUUUAAGAAAAUCAGCAGAAUAUUGAUUUAAAGUAAUUGUACAUCUUUGCUUACUUUCUUUGUUUAUAUGUAAUUUAUCGAAUAAUUUUUUUAUGUCAUGUUUGGAUUGUAUAAAUGAUAUUAUUUACUUCUCAGACUGCGUUUUCUUCAAAAUUAAAUUUAUUUAACUUAUUUGAUGAAUUAGACAAGAAAUGGCAGUCACUUGAGAAUUUUAUUAUUUGCGUCAGAAUUUUCCGAGUGGAAAAGCGAAAACUCAACCGUUCCUAGAAUUUAAAUUGGAAAUUAAUAUGAAAUUUUAAAGCUUUGGCUUUGCCCAGAAACAAGAAUGGAUCAAUUUCAUAAAUUUAUUAUGACAUACCCGAUUAUUGAGCUGGUUCAUAUUGUUGUAACAAAAUCAAUAAGUCUUUAUUAUCUUGUUUCAUUUAAAAUAUAUACAAAAAAAAUAUUUCCUAUCGUCUAUCCACUGGGAGUUGGUUAAACGGAAUUAUUCUAUAAAUUGGCAGGAAAAUAUAAAGAUAAUAAAAGUAUCUUUUCAGAAAUAAAACAGUUUUCGAUAUUGACAGGAGAACCUGUCUUGGGCAUUGGCUUUCUAUAUAAAGCAGAGUUAAUCAAUAUAUUUUAUGUUCCCCAAAGGUAUAACACACAUAUAUUUUUAAUGAUAAUUUUCUAAUUUUCUACGCUUAUGGUUUUACAUCACUGUAAAAGUUCAAUGAUCUUUGUAAUCAUGUACAACGUAUAUUUGAAGCUUCUGAAAUGAUGUAUUGAACUCAUUUUGUACCUGUUUUUCGAAAAUUCGCAACGUUUUUGUUAAUAUUUUUUAACUUUUUGUUCUUUCUGACUGUUUUAUACUUUCCAACGUAAGUGUGUGCCCUCUGGUUGAGAUAAGUCUAACUUACUUUAUUACUGUAAUUCAAAAAUGUUUUGGAUAAAGAAAAAAAUCCUGCUUUGAAGCUUAAUGAUAUAGUAAGAUACAAUUUAUAGAGUUUUGAUAAUUCAAUAAUUCCUUAAGACGUUUUUAUGUCAGAAUAAAACAAAUCUUGUAACAUACGCAAGUGGUGUCUUCCAUUUUUCGGCGAUUCUGAAGCCGGAGUAAUGAUACAUCAAAUAUAUAUGGGAAUAUUUAAAGACCAAAAAGAAACAUAUGGUAAAAUAAGAGAAAUAGUCUUUUUGUGAUUAUUAUAUUUUUAGUUUAGUUUGUUUGAGAUAGUUUUUUUUAUGAUUAUUUAGUAAUGUUUGCCUCGUGAAGGCAUGUACA